AAAGUACAACUUAGUUCAGGUUUGAAUAGAAGGCUCCCUGAGAUGCUGUUGUUGAAACAGCCACAUUGUAUGGUGUACCCUGUUUGAGAUCAGCUUUCACACCGAUGAGGGUGGCUUAGCUAGAGAGCCAAGGCUCUGUCUCCCAGGGCUUUCCUGACGGCCUCCUUUGCUUUCCUUCUCCACUAAGGAGGACGGCCAGCAGCUGCUCAGCCUGUGCUGUUAACCCACCUUUUCCACACACGCCAGCCCCCUGUCCAUAGCACUCAAGGCCGCCUGAGGGAUUCUUCAGCAGCUCCCAUGAGCUGACAGCGAAUGUUACGUUUCCUAGGUUUCAAGCCUGUGGCAGCAGAGCUUCCUGGGGCAGAGUCCUCAGAGCAAGUCAUUGCCGUUUUCGAACAACUGAAGAAAAGACCUGUGCACACAGGACACAGCAUGGUCUGCGGCUCACAGUGUUUUCCUUUCUGUCUGCAGAGGGACUCGGCACUUGGGGCAAGUGUGAUGAUGACCAGUCCGAUCCCGGAAGUAGCUCAUCACACGGGAAUAGGAGGACCAGGAGCUCGCCGGACACGUUUCAAGCCUGUGGCAGCAGAGCUUCCUGGGACGGAGUCCUCAGAGCAAGUAAUUGCCGUUUUCGAAAGGGACUCGGCACUUGGGGCAAGUGGUUCCAUGGAGGAUCCCGUGGAAGAAUUCAUAUAUGAAUCAGAUGAGGAUGCCCCAAGACCAUCGAAGAUACCAACAAGCCCUCUCCCAGCACCUGCAGAAAAAGUGGAGAAAAACACUGAAGAGGCAGAAAUAAAACCUAGUGAGCUGAAGGAUGAGGCUGCUGAAGAGCCUGAGCUGACCUGCUGUGGCCUUUGUACUUAUGCUGGAAAUCCCUAAAGGUUCUUCCAGAAGGGCCGCCACCCUGUCGAUUUCCCUCGUCCAUUGAGCCUCUGGUGCGUGCGAGUUUUGGAGAACCCCCUUCCUCUGUAUUUUCUUUUGACUUUCCUGGAUGUAUUUAA